GCGUCGAUGGGACGUGGCCAGGUGACAAGUUAAGGACAAGGAGAACAGUAGCUGGCUGUGCUCCAUUUGGAUGCCAUGAAACCAAAGAAAUCUGCCUUUGCCAAUACUUCAACUGGCUACGGCAGGCACAAGCAUAGCGGGCACGGCAAGGGUCACGCCCACGGCGGGCACAAGGACAAGACAGAAGGAGGCAAGAGCAAGGGGAACAAGGACGGCAAGGAUCAGCAGCAGCAUGAGCAUAAGGAAGAGCAGGAGAAGGAUUUGAACUCCGGCUUUGGUGAUUACCUGCGCACGCCGGAGGCAUUUGAGAUGAUGAAACUGUUUGUCUUUGCCAAUACCAUAAUGUUGAUUGUGACCAUGGCCUGGCCGCACCUUAAGGAACAGUUCUAUAUGCUUAGUCAAUGGUGGAGUAGCUAUCGCGAACAACAAUAA